UAACAUUCUGCAGUUAAAGUAAAAAGCCAUCACAUAUACACUUAGCUUGUUGUCGCACAAUAAUAAUCAAUGGGGUCUUUCAUUAGAGUGUUGGUUUGUGUGCAUAUGUUUAUGUUGUUCCACUUUUUUGCAUGUUUGUCUUCUCAUCAUUCAUGCCAUUCAAAGGAGAGUUCUGCAUUGCUUCACUUCAUCAACACUGAACUCAGUUUUGACACCGACUUUUCUUAUGAGGAUGACUGCCCCCAGCUUUUUCCAAAGACGAGUACGUGGAGAAAUGGGACAGAUUGCUGUUCAUGGAUGGGUGUCACGUGCCAUUCUGUGUCUGGUCACGUGAUUGGCCUUGAUCUUAGUUGUAGUAUACUUAAAGGUAAAAUCCAUCCUAACAGCACUCUUUUCCAGCUUACUCAUCUCCAAACACUCAACCUUGCUUUAAAUAAUAUCUCUGGACCUGAAUUGCCAUCUCAAUUUGGUAGAUUUGUGAGUCUCACACACCUCAACUUAUCUGAUUGUGAUUUCAAAGGUGAAAUUCCUUCUCAAAUCUCACACCUUUCCAAAUUACAAUCACUUGAUCUCUCUUGGAAUGAUGGUUUGAUAUGGAAAGAAAUCACUUGGAAGAGAAUGUUGCAAAAUGCAACUGGUUUAAGAGAGAUUAUAUUGGAUGGUGCUAACAUGUCUUCCAUCACUACAACUUUCUCCAAUUGGUCUUUCUCUUUGGUUACUCUUAGUCUUGUUCAUACUGGAAUAAGGGGACAUUUGACAAGUCACAUUCUUUGUUUACCCAAUCUUUAUGAGCUUUAUCUGUCUGAAAAUCAAAACAUUCAAGUCCAUGUUCCAAAGUUAAAUUGCAGUACUUCUCUUAAUUUUUUGGAUCUUUCAUGGUGUCAAAUCCCAAGAUCACAAAUUCCUCCUUCCUUUUCUAACCUCACACAUCUCACUUACUUGGACCUUUCAUACAAUACAUUUACUAGCCCAAUCCCAUCAUUCUUCUCAAACCUUCAACAUCUCACUCACUUGGACCUUUCAUUCAAUGAAUUCAGUGGCUCAAUCCCAUCAUUUCUCUCAAACCUUCAACAUCUCACUCACUUGGACCUUUCAUACAAUAGAUUUAAUGGUCAGUUUCCAAAAGUAAUUGGUCAAUUGACCAAAUUACAAACACUCAUUCUUGCAGGUAACAAUUUAGGAGGAAAGUUAUUGCUAUCUUCAUUAGCUAACUUAACUCAAAUUUCUCAAUUGGAUUGUUCUCAUAAUAAGUUUCAGGGGCCUCUACUGUAAAAUCCCUACAAUACCCCUUGUUCCUCUUUUUUUUCAAACCAAACCCUAACCCUCUUCUAACACACUCACUCACCUCUCACUACCACACACACUCUCACUCCCG